GGGACAUUUUUUAGUAACUUUUUAAUUCACAGUAAGUGUAACUGUAAAGCUCUCUUUUGAAAGUUUUUUUAAAUUAAACAUUACAGUAGUUAGUUGAAAUUUGUUUACAAUCUUGUUUUCUGUGGGAAUUUAGGAAAAACAGUCCAGACACCCGAGACACAGUGAUGUUCAACUCUCGUACCAAGGCUGUAACUGCUAAUGUUGCCUCUGAAGAAAACAUCAAGGAUAAGGUGUCGGCCGUACGUGAGGUGGUGAGUGGCCAGAGUAACAACCAGAUUGUGCUCGUGCUGCAGUAUUAUGAGUACAGUGUGGAGAAAACCAUUCAGGCGUUUAUAGAAGAUGGGGCUAAGCAGGCAUUGACAGAGUGGCAGCAUUCAGGGACCAAGCCUGUGAAAAAGAAAAAGAACAAGAAGAAGGGAGGUCAGGCAAGACCGGGUACUGGGGAGGGAUCCGACCUCCGGACCAAUGGGCCCUCUCUGUUGAAUGGGGCCUCUCUGCUGAAUGGGGACGCUGAUAGCGUCAUAGUCAAUGGAGAUCUUCAUAAUGGCAUGCAUACCCCUACUGUGAUACCUCAAGGACCAAAAGCGCACACAUAUCAGGCCUCCUUACCCACUGCUGACUCUGGGGGUAAGGCUUCCCCCACCCCCCAGACCUUCAAGCCUAGACCAGACCAGAAGGGAGACUUCAUACCGAAUGGUUCUAUACCUGGGUCUAACACUGCUGAACUGCUUUCCAAGGUCAAGCAGGGUGUUGUGAAUAAGACUGAGGUAAACCUGCCUGGUCAAAUAGAAGUCUCAUCUGCUGCAGAGAAAUCUGAAGCUUUGCCACAACGUCAACCCAAGCAACGAACACACUCAGGUUCCCAUUCACACGGUCGUCCCCCUGGUCACCAUAACAACCAUGACAAUCACCUCCACGACAACAGAGAACGCACAGAGAGCACCUCAUCUAUAGAUGGAUCUCAUGGUGGAAAGAAGCAUACUUACAUGAACUUGGAGAAGUCAGGCAAGGAUCUCCAUCGUCAGGUUGUGUCCCUGGAGAGGCUGCGACUGGUGUUCGAGGAGGAGGUGGACCGCUCCGUGAAGAAGGUCAAGGCAGUCAUUGAUGAGAUCAGACACUGUUUGGAUGCCAAGGAGUCCUCAUUGGUUGUAGAGUUGAAUGCAGUCAGAGCAGCAGGCCAUGCUACAUUCAUCACACGCCAAGGCCAGGCCACCCAGUUGAAGACCAUGAUUGACCGCGCAGAGCGGCUCACAGAGCCCCAGUUGACUGAACUCAGGGCCGAUAUCAAGCACUUUGUGAGUGAGCGAAAGCUGGACGAAGACAUUGCCCGUGUCACAAGGUUCGUGUACGAUGAUGACUCGAUGAAAAAGCGGAUCCAGCAGUUUGCAGAAGUUGUUCCUGUGAAGAGUUCCUACCAGUGGCAUGGCAGCUCAGUAGUGGAUGCGGUACUCACCAGCACAGGCACCGUGGAAAGCAGUAUACAGGCCACGGGGAGUAGCAGUACCCAUACAGUCCCACCAUCUGGUCCCUCUAAGCCCAGUGCAGCCCCUACAGACACCAUUAAGCCCUCUGUCCCCCAUGUGGACCCUGCAGAGGCCCAUGAGAUUGCAGAGUUACAGAGGAGGCUCAAACACUCCCUCACCCUAGAGGGCAUUCCAGUACAGACGUACCCAGAACGGAUCAGCUCUGCCCCUGCGGCCCCCACAGUUGCAGCAGAGACUGACACUCCUAAAAAUGUGGCUACCUCUUCUGCGAGGGGUGGACCACGUGGCAAUCGUGAACGCAGAAGAAACGACCGUCCCCGAGGAGACCAGCCUGUGGCUGAGAAACCACAGGAGGAUGGACGCAGUGGGUUCACGCAGACCAGUAGUGGGGAUAGAGUCAUCUUUAUAGGAAGGAAAACCGGUCCCCAGGGUGGGGGUCGAGGGUCGAACCGGGGAGGGCCCGGACGAGGUCGAGGUGGUUACCGCGGUGAUAGAAAUAGGGGAGGUAAUGACACAACAAACCCACCAUCAGGGAAUGUAAUUGACAAUUCAAACAGUACUUCAGACAGUACUACGGUUCUGAACAAUGCUGGUAGCAAACCCGAGGACAAACCCAGAAGUCCUGGUGGUAACCGCGGUAACAGACGAGGAGGGUCAGCAUCAGGUCGUGGGUCCAGCCCUCAGAAAUCUAGUGCUCAGAGGGGAGAUGCUGAGAGCCCCAGAAAAGGGGCCCAGGGGUCUUCUGGGAGUCCCAGAAGGGGACGGGGUCGUGGAGGUCCAGUAAACAGGUCACCUGGCGCCCUUGGCAAUCAACCACCUGGAAACAAUAGUAACAAGUCAGAGUCACGUGGAGCAGAAUCCACUGAGAAUAAAGAAGGUUAACUGCGGGUCAAUAUAAGGAAUCUAGUCAACGAAUGUAUUUAAGGAGUAUAUUUAGUAAUCUUACAAAUGUUUAUUUUUGUUAAAAAAGUGCAAAUUUAUUUUUGAGGGAUAUAUCUGAAUUAUUUUUCAAAAUAACCAUUCAUUAUGUGAUUAUUGCAAUAUAUUGUUAUACAGAUGAUUACAUUUAUAUUUUUGACAUGAUUAAUUUAGUAUGAAAUACAUGUAGUAUGCCAUUUCAUUUUGUGAUGGUUAGGUAUAAAUUGGACAUCCAUGCAUUUGUGAUGUAAAUAUAUUGUAUCUUAUUGAUGUUUUUGAUUCACUUGAUAUAUUGUUGCUGUAUCACUCUGACUGUGCCCUUUAACCCUUUGCAUGCUGGGAAAUUUGUCGUCUGCUAAAAUGUUGUCUGCUGAAUUUCUAAAAUUAGCAUUUUCUUCGAUUUUUUUUCCAAGAAUACUAUCAGAAUAGCAAACAGUUUUGAUCCUGAUGAGACACCACGUUCUGUGACGUCUCAUCAGGAUCCAAACUGUUUGCAAAGAUCUUCAAAAUUCGAUUCCAGCACUGAAAGGGUUAAAUGCAUACUGCUUGUCAUGGGUUGCUUGUUUUUUUUCCGACAACGUUAAUGGUUUUCCAAUAUUCAAAUGGUCUAGAGUUUAUGUACAAGUUGCCACCGCACAUGCUGGACCAAGCUAUACAUCGACUGAAUUUGUGGCGUACGUUGUCAUUUUUAGCUCGGCUGUUUUCGGAGAAUACCCGAGGUAUUGUCAUAGCCAGCUCGUCAUGUCCGUCGUCGUCCGCUGAAACCUUAACAUUUUGUUAAGGUUUUGAACAUUGCUUCUAAAAUAAAAGUGCUUCCACCUACAACAUUGAAACUUCAUAUGUAGCUGCACCUUGAUGAGUUCUCAGACCACACCUAUUUUUGGGUCACUAGGUCACAAUUCACUCUGACCUGUAACAAAAAUAAAAAUAUGACAAGCUUUCGCAGCCGAGAGUGGCACCCGUUAUGCGGUGCUCUUGUUAUGUCAUUGAACGUUGCUAACAGUAGAAUCUUGAGAAGAAUCAAACUUAAUUUUUGGUUUAACAAUUAAUGAAGUCAAGCAGAAUGGAAACAUGCAUUACAGCACCAUUAAGCGUUUAAGAGUUUUAUCCUUCUAAUGAUAUUUUUCUUAAUUCACAUUUGAACACUAUAAGAAACCACUCUUUUGUUUAUUGUCUUUACACAUUAGUUUUUUUUCAUUGAUUUUGUAUGAUGUUGUCAUUGCGGAUCUCUGGUUUGACACAGAGAAUAAAUGUGUUUGUGCACUGCGUUUUGACCAACUUCAUAAUUCUUGAAGUAAUUGUACUUAGCACCUUAAACUUGAUCUUUUUUAGCUUUUUUCAUUCAAACAUAUUAUCUAUAAACAUAUUAUUUUAUUGUUAACAUUAAUUUCUGGAUGUAAUUUCAAUGCAAAAGUGCUUUCUUCAAAGAUCUAUUUGGCUUUUCAUGUUCAUGUAUAUUGGGCCAGUAAUACUGUGUUGUGAUGAAUUGAAAGCAGAAAUCUUAUGAAAGAAAGUAUCAAAGCACUGAUACAUUGUUGUAUUUUCAAGAGUUUAUUUGUUGAAGUCUGCUUUGACCUAGCCGUAUAAGAAUAAAUGAACAUACUGUUUGUAAUUAUAGUUUUGGCCUAAACAAGUGAUACAUAUAUAGUUUAUAGUAGGUUGUACAUGGCAUGUAAGGUUGUUUUGCAGUUUGGGAAUGAUACAUGUUUGACAGAGUCAUGUGUGCCUUUCAAUAGCAGAUAUCUCACAACUUCAUUUUCAAAUCAGUCACUUUUUUAGCUCACCUGUCACGAAGUGACAUGGUGAGCUUAUGUGACCGUGUGAUGUCGGGUGUCCGUAUGUGCAUACGUGCGAGCGUGUGUGCGUGCGUCCGUCAAGAAUUUGUUUGUGUAGACAGUAGAGGUCACAGUUUUCAGCCAAUCUUUAUGAAAUUUGGUCAGCAUGUUUAUCUUCAUGAAAUCUGGGUUGGGAUUGUAUUUGGGUCAUCUGGGGUCAAAAACUAGGUCACUAGGUCAAAAACUAGGUCACAUAAUAGGUCAAAUAAUAGAAAAACAUUGUGUAGACAAUAGAGGUCGCAGUUUUCAUCCAAUCUUUAUGAAAUUUGGUCAGAAUGUUUAUCUUGAUAAAAUCUGGGUUGGGAUUGUAUUUGGGUCAUCUGGGGUCAAAAACUAGGUCACUAGGUCAAAAACUAGGUCAAAUAAUAGAAAAACCUUGUGUAGACAGUAGAGGUCACAGUUUUCAUCCAAUCUUUAUGAAAUUUGGUCAGAAUGUUUAUCUUGAUCAAAUCUGGGUUUGGAUUGUAUUUGGGUCAUCUGGGGUCAAAAACUAGGUCACUAGGUCAAAUAAUAGAAAAACCUUGUGUAGACAGUAGAGGUCACAGUUUUCAUCCAAUCUUAAUGAAAUUUGGUCAGAAUGUUUAUCUUGAUAAAAUCUGGGUUGGGAUUGUAUUUGGGUCAUCUUGGGUCAAAAACUAGGUCACUAGGUCAAACUCUAGGUCAAAUAAAAGAAAAACCUUGUGUAGACAAUAGAGGUUGCAGUUUUCAUCCAGUCUUUAUGAAAUUUGGUCAGAAUGUUUAUCUUCAUGAAACCUGGGUUGGGAUUGUAUUUGGGUCAUCUGAGGUCAAAAACUAGGUCACUGGGUCAAAUAAUAGAAAAACCUUCAACAAUUUGUUUGUGUAGACAGUAGAGGUUUUCAUCCAAUCUUUAUGAAAUUUAGUCAGAAUGUUUAUCUUGAUGAAAUCUGGGUUGGGAUUGUAUUUGGGUCAUCUGCGGUCGAAAACUAGGUCACUUGGUCAAAAACUGGGUCACUAGGUCAAGUAAUAGAAACACCUUGUAUAGACAAUAGAGUUCACAGUUUUCAUCCAAUCUUUAUUAAAUUUGGUCAGAAUGUUUAUCUUGAUGAAAUCUGGGUUGGGAUUGUAUUAGGGUCAUCUGGGGUAAAAAACUAGGUCAAUAGGUCAAAUAAUAGAAAAACCUUGUUUAGACAAUAGAGGUCACAGUUUUCAUCCAAUCUUUAUAAAAUUUGAUCAGAAUGUUUAUCUUGAUGAAAUCUGGGUUGGGAUUGUAUUUGGGUCACCUGGGGUCAAAAACUAGGUCACUAGGUCAAAUAAUAGAAAAACCUUGUGUAAACAAUAGAGGUGACAGUUUUCAUCUAAUCUUUAUAAAAUUUGGUCAGAAUGUUUAUCUUGAUGAAAUCUGGGUUGGGAUUGUAUUUGGUUAGUCAGGUGAGCGAUUCAGGGCCAUCAUGGCCCUCUUGUUUAUCAAUCACUGUUGGCAGUUAACCCUUAGCAUGCUGGGAAAUUUGUCAUCUGCUAAAAUGUUGUCUGCUGAAUGUCUAAAAUUAGCAUUUUCUUCGAUUUUUUUUCAAAGAAUAUUAUCAGAAUAGCAAACAGUUUGGAUCCUUAAGAGACGCCACGUUCUGUGGAGUCUCAUCUGGAUCCAAACGGUAUGCAAAGGCCUAUAAAAUUUGGUUCCAGCGCUUAAAGGGUUAAGACAAAUAGUGCACAAGUUUUGUUUUCAACAGUCUCCGAAUAACAAUAAUUAUAAAUGUCAUUCUUAAAUAUGUAGCUCCUUGACUUCCAGUUUUCAUGAUCGCAACAUGGAGUAUAUUAUCUUUAAACAAAUUACUGGGGUAAACUUAAUUUUACUAAGGCCAUUUUAAUAAAAAUAAGGCCAUAAUUGAUAAAACAGUAAAACACAACACAAAAGGUCAUACAACUUAUUUUUUUAAUAUUAUGAAGGUUAUUUAACCCAUUCCCACUCAGAGGCAAGGUGAAAAUGGCAAUGUGCAAACAGCAUAAAACCAGAACAGCCUGCAAGUAACUCGCAGUCUGUUCAGGUUAUAUGCUGUGUGCUGCUCAUCAGUAUCUAAGGGUUGGAAAUGAAGCCUUUACAACUUGAAAUUAGUAAGAAAAGUCUUUAAUAAUUAAAUAUAAGGGACUACAAAUGCGUGAAAAUACAUACCAAAGUGGUAAAGGGUGAAUUGUUUAUUUGUAUGAUAAUUGUGGUCAAGACAGAAGCAGUCUUAUUUUAAGUGGUAGUAAUACAUGUAUAUUCAAAGGUGUGUAGCUCUUGAACUCUUGUACAUGUCUCAGAAAUAGUUUAUUAGUAAUUGUUGAGGGUCAUGUUUGAAAUUAGACAUAACUGUAUAAAAGUGAUAAAUUAGUAUAAAAUGUAUUAGUGAUUGUUGAGGGUCAUGUUUAAAUUACUUUAUAAAGUAAAGAAAAUAGUGUGUUUAUUAUAAUGUAACCCCUUUCAAUUCGAGGGCCAGUCAUUGUUUUACUUAUAAGAGAGCUGUACGUUUAAAAAUCUUUACUUCCAAAAUCUUUUAUUCCUGGCGCUUGGCAUCAAAUCGUUGCCCUCAUUUUGACUAGCUUGAUCGGCAACAAGCCAUGUCAGAAUGCGUCCUUUUUGGGUCUGCAACCUUUGACCUCAGGUGUAACCAUGAAAGGUCUCUAAAUUUGGUCUCAAUUUUGUGAAGUUGUAAUGUAUGACAUUUGUGUUUGCAUAGAAAAGCAUGGUUCAAGUGCACAAACUUAAUUGCCUAUAGUUAAAGUGUUGGUUUAUACUAAAUGAAAAAAGGUGCAUCUAUUCAAUAUGUAUUUCCACAGAAAUUGAUUGCAUUUAUGCUAUUAUUAUUAUUUUAUAUCAUGACUACAUAUUGCAUCUUACACCUGUGAUUCACUCAUGGCAUGCCUUAGGUCAAUAAACAGGUAUGCACUCUCUGUAUUCACUCUAUGCAUUAUUGGUUUUACUUGUGAUAUUUGUAAAAUAAGGAGUCCAUUUGACUGCUGAAAAAGUCCCAAUUUAACACUAUGAAUGUUAAUCUGCUGGAGUUUUAUCAUAUUUAUUUGAAAUGAUGCAUACAAGCCUGGUCAUCAAGCUGGUAUUUACAUGUUAAUGUUCUACCAUGUAUCAAACUGUGCUUGUUCGUUAACAACCACCAUUCUUUUAUCAGCAUUAACAAAAUAACACAAUGAAUGUAGCUAACUUUUAUUUACUAAUUUUUGUUUGUUAUUUUUCUGUUGAUUUAAAAAAAAAAUAUCUUAUACUCAGCACUUUUAACCUAGUGUUGAAAAAAAGGUCAACAUGUCACGAGGCUAACCAAUGAAAAACUAGUAAACUGUUUGUUGUAAGGUAGAUUUUUAUGUCCACCACCACUAUAGUUGGGGACAUAUUGGCUUUGCCGGGUCUGUUGGUUUGUUUGUUUGUUUGUGUGUUUGCGUCAAACUUUAACAUUUGCCAUUACUUUUGCAAUAUUGAAGAUAGCAACUUGAUAUUUGGCAUGCAUGUGUAUCUCAUGGAGCUGCACAUUUUGAGUGGUGAAAGGUCAAUGUCAAGGUCAUCCUUCAAGGUAAAAGGUCAAAUAUAUGGCUUCAAAGCGACGCAGUAGGGGACAUAGUGUUUCUGACAAACACAUUUCUUGUUUAAUAUAAAUAUUGUGUUUGCCAUUUACACAUGUUCUAUAUAGACUGACAUUGGUUGUUGUUAUCUCAUCAACGAAAUUGCCUGUGAUUUGACGUACAAGUAGUGCUGUACGCGACAUGAAUAUAAUAUUUAAAACAAGUAUUCUAUUUGUGUGUAUUUCUUUACACCUCCAACUUUCAUGGGCUGUUUUGAAUGAAUAUUUGUUAAACUGUUUGCGAAUUUCUGAAUGUACAUUGUUUUAAACUAUGCACUGUGCUCUUUAUUACUUGUGUAUUUUUCAUGUUUAAUAUUGUCUUAUACAAACAUGCUGUACUUGUAUGUAUGUAUUAUGUUUUUCUAAAUGUGCUUUAUGAUUUGUCAUGCCUCAUGGGCCCCUUAACCCAUUUAUGCUUAGCGGAUAGAAAAAAGGCCUUGGCAAACAGCGUAGACCCUGAUGAGAUGCUGCAUGAUGCGGCGUCUCAUCAGGAUCUGCGCUGUUUGCUUAAAGGAAUUUCUGUAAGAAAUAUUCUAAAUAUAGAAAUAAAUAUACUAGACAUCCCUAAUUUUGGAAAUACAUUGAUCCAAUUUAGAAGGAUGGGAGAGUCCGCUAGGCAUAAAUGGGUUAAUGCAAAAUGUCAAUUGAAAAAUUGUAUAAUGCCUAGUCUUAACUGUUCAGGAAAAAUCUUUUUUUAAAGAAAUAUCUCUCAAUUUAUUCUGUUGAUAUUCCUCGCUUUAAAUUUUGUGUCUUGCACUAUUACACUGGUUGUUAAACUAAAGUUGAUCUAAACGGAAACGUUUUGUUGGUGUGUAUCAGGUAUAAAUGUGACUUAAAGAUCUCUUUUGAAUGUAACUGUUUUGUUUGUUUGGUACAAAGAUUGUCCUUGCUAUUUUUAAGGUCCUUACAUAAUCCACCCUGUACACUGCUGAUUUUUAAUCAAUUGACAGUAUUACAUUAAGAAAUUGUUAUUUGUUUGGAUUUGUUUAUUUGGCGAUAAACAAUAUAAUGAUUUUUUGCCAUUUUUUGCUCUUUUUUCUUUUUAUCAAUAAACCAGAGUCAUUAUUUAUAACUUCUAGCUAACUAUUUGUACUUUCGUGUGACAUACAGCAGCCAUUGUGGUAUUUAAAUCAACUUAACAAAGCAACAAUGUAGAUGGGUUGUUUUGUUUUGUAUUAAGGAGGUGGAUGGAGGGGGGUCAUCAACAAUUUUUUAUUUCUUAUUGUUUAUGAAUUUAUUGUGUGGAAUUAUGUUAUAUUGACAACUGAAUGCUUAUGUUUUAAUGAUUGUUAAUAUUUAGAGUAUGUAAUUAGUGUUGUAGAUUUUGAUUAUUUAAUGCAUUAUGCAUGGGUAUUUACGAAAUAGUUUUUAGUCUCAAACAUAUUAAAAUUAUAGUUAUGUUAAGCUCUUUUUCUGUGCCAAACAAAACUUGUUUUCCAUAACCUGUAUAUUAUAAAAUAUAUGAAAAAAUAUUUUGUUAUAUUUGUUUCAGUGCUGGGCCUGUACUCACCCAACAAUUCUUAGACUUAAGACUUAACAUAAAGAAUAUUCUUUAAAUUUAUAAAUUCAACAAUUGCUUAAAUUUGUAUUCAAACUUGGCGCAGACCACCUCUAUUGACAACAUUCUUCACGUAGAACGUUUUCUGUAAUAACAUAUGCACAAGUGGAGGCCUGUAUUACGAUAUAUUCAAACACGGAACGCAUUUUUCUUGGUUCCAAAUCUGUUCUUUAUUUUUAAGUCUAAGAAUGAGUUGGUAAAUACGGGCUCUGGUUAAUGUGUUUAUAGCCUACAACUGUUACUAGUUUAUUAUAUUUUGUAUGUUGACAUCGUAUAUUUUUCUUUCUGAUUAUAUUUGCAAUUACAGUUUUUGUUGCAACUUCAGCUGUAAGUUUUUUUUCUUGAUGUAUAUGAAUCAAGAUCCUUGGGCAACCAUAUAUAGUAAAAAUCUAAAAAGUAUUUCAUUAAAUAUAAUUGAUUAAGUGCAAACUUUAUAUGUAUUUGUUUCCUACAUUCAUGUAUUAGUAUUUGCUAUCAACUGCCAUGAUAAUGCUUAUGUCUUGAUGCUUUAACAAGUUUCUUUCUGGACAGUUUUUGUAGAGUUUUGGAUUUUUUUCCUUAAAUAAAAACAAAGACACAAAUUUUGUGAAUACUUUAAUAGUACUCUUUGGAACAUGGCCCCAUAUGGUGAAAUUCAUGUAUAAUAUUCAAUAAUGUGUAAUAACAUAUGUUGUAAAAAUGGUAAAUACAUGUAUUAAAGAUAUAAGUACUUACAUAUUUGAAGCAUAUAAGUGUAAAUAUAUUGAUUCAUGCAUUUUUGUAAACAAAGCCACUACAGACUUUGGUGAAUUUUCAGAUAUUAAGAAAUUAUUGAACUUUCUAAACUUCUGACACUAUUUAGUUUUCCAUAAGAUGCUUUGUGUAUAGGGGUCCUGGAUAGUGUGUGCAUGUGUAUUGCUGACUGUGCGAAAGACUAUUGGUGGGUGUUUCAUCGUGUUGCCACAUGAAAUCAUGAUUUUAAUCGCGUUCUGAGAAAACUGGGCAUAAUGCAUGUGCGUAAAGUGUCGUCCCAGAUUAGCCUGUGCAGUCCGCACAGGAUAAUCAGGGACGGCACUUUCCACUUAUAUGACAUUUUUCGUUUAAAUGAAGUCUCUUCUUUUCAAAAAUCCAAUUUAGGUGGAAAGUGUUGUCCCUGAUUAGCCUGUGCGGACUGCACUUUACACACAUGCAUUAUGCCCUGUUUUCACUGAAGAAGACUCAUUUUUGUGUAUAGCCUCAUUCGGGUAACGGUCCAUGCUCAUGGUUUAUUUUGAUCCCCACCCUACAUACAAGUCCUCAACUGGCCACAAUGAAUCUAUCAUCUUUUUGAAAUUGACUCUGUGAUUAAGGAAGAUGCUUCUAGUAUUAAACUAAUAAAGGCUGUAUGAAUCAA